CACAGGACGUGGCCCUCAAGAUCUUGAAAACCGAAGAAACCGCUAAAAGAGAGAUCAAAAUGCUUGAAGCAGUGAGCGUUCUUGACCCAGCCAUGAAGAAUGUGGUUCAUUUCUUUGAGCAGUUUCAACACAAAGGACAUACCUGUCUAGUGUUUGAAAUGCUGGACAGGAGUCUUUUACAACUGCUCAGCGAACAGCAAGGGACGCCACUCUCUCUCCAUGAGAUACGGCCAAUAACCCACCAGUUGCUGAUGGCCUUGGAUGCUCUGAAGGGCAUUGGUGUGGUUCACUCAGACCUGAAGCCAGACAAUAUAAUGCUGGCAAACCAUCUGAGUGAGCCCUUCAGAAUAAAACUGAUAGAUUUUGGCGUGUCGUUCAGUGUCCGAGAAGAGGUAUUUGGGAAGACAAUUCAGCCUCUGGGUUACAGGGCACCUGAAGUCACCCUGGGCCUCCCCUUCUCCGAGGCCAUAGACGCUUGGAGUCUAGGCUGUGUGCUCGGGGUCUUGUACCUCUGCAAACACCUGUUUGCGAUAGACUGCGAGUACCAGUCAGUAAAUGAGGGCAUUGUAGACGUCCUGGGCCAGCCAGCUGACCACCUUCUCUACCCCAAGGAAUACCAGCUUGACACUGGAAUUGAGCCGAAAACAUGGGACACAACAAUCAGAAGUCUGGAUGACCUGAUAACACACAACCCAGACACACGGGAAUCCAUUGAGCUGGAGGAUCAGAGAGCCUUUGUCAGCCUGCUGACAUGCCUUCUAGAUACAGACCCAGAGAAGAGAAUCACUCCGGGGAAGGCUCUCGAUCACCCCUUUGUAACAAUGGUCCAUCUGGAAGAUGAAAUAGACACCAGCUUUUAUGUUGAAGAUUCUUUAGCGAAAAUGAGGAUCUUACCAAUGGACAACAUGGACCUAUUUCUUGACUGUGCGGCUGAGGAAGAGCCCAAAGAGGAAGAGCCUUCGGCCAUACCUCGUCAUACAGACGCAGGCUCAGUCCUUCCUGGCUCCUGUGAUGGCAUUAAAACAUGCCUCAGUCUUCUGAAGGAGCAGAAGCUGCUGCAGGAAUAG